GUAGGGAAACUGUACGGGAAAGCACCAGUCUGUGUCGAGAGAUGCCAGCCCUUCACGAGGGAACCAGAGUCGCCAAAAACAUCAAGACUCUAGUUGGGUUGGUCGAUCCAGCAACAACAUCGUUGGAAAAUACUGAAGAUGCAGUAACGGACAUGGAGGAGAGGCUCAGAGGCGCCCAGUUGAAAGCAAAACUUAUCCAGAGAUCACUAGGAGAAUCAGAUGAGACGGUAACGGAUACUGCCAUGGCAGGCAACAAAGAGACACGGCUUCAAGGCGAUGGCUCUGGGAGUAUUGAAGAUAUCAGCUCCUUGAGGAUCAGGCAUUGAUCCAGCAAUUGUUGUAUGCAAAGACUCGCCAGGACACCGUUUCUCUCAAAUUAUCACUCGGGUAUUAUCUUCGCCACCAUCGCAAGGCAAGAGUCAACCUACGGCACGGCAGCCAACCUUUGAAUUUG